GAGAGUGUGCGCGCGCGAAAGAGAAAUGCAGCGCGAGCUUUAGACUGGACAGCCCGAAUAAGCACCAUCCGCCGCCACGCGCACGAGGGAAAAAGGCAGCAAAAAAGCGAGCAGAUACUCGAGACAGGGUCGCCAGGGAAAGACCACCGCCGACGAGGACUGAGGCAUCAUGGGAGGGAAACUGAGCAAAAAGAAGAAGGGAUACAAUGUGAACGACGAGAAGGCAAAAGAAAAGGACGCCAAAGCAGAGGGAGCAUCGGCGGAGGAGAGUGAAGCUCCCAAGGACAAGAAGGAGGAUGCGCCUGCCGCCACGGAAACCACUGAGACGGCCAACGACACGGCGGCGGCCACCAAAGAUGCCACACCUGCUGCAGAUAGCAAUGCGACCACCGCCAAGGAAGAGGAGAAGAGCGCCGCCCCAGCGGCCAAGGAGGAGAAAUCUGCGGCUAAUGCUACGGCAACAACUGAUGCCAAGAGUGCCGACUCUGCCAAAGCGGAGCCUGCAAAGAGCCCAGAGGCCCCGCCCACCAAGGCUGAGGAAAAACCGGCCCCUGCUGCGGCCCCGGCCGCUGAGAAAGAUUCAGCGAAAGAAAGCACCCCUGCUCCCAAAGAGCCCGCCCCAGCUAAGGAGCCGGCCCCCGCUGCUGCCGCGGCAACGGAGAGCAAGGCAGAUGCUGAGGCUAAAAAGACUGAGGCUCCGCCCACCAAGGAGCCCGCCUCCGCAGAGCCUGUAACCACGGAGACCAGCCCUGCCCCUAGUAAGGAGCAGACAGUUGCCGUGCAAGAUUAACGGACAGAACCGAACAAAACAAAAUAAAGGGGAAACAUAAAUAACAAAACGAAAAACAAGAUCAGAUAAAAUUAGCGACACUAGCCCUGCCCGUUAUUAAAUUGCAACAAUAAUGAUAAUAUCGAUAAUCAUAAUAAUGAUAUUGACUUUGACAACAAGCAUGACUUAAACAUCUCAAUGAUUUGUACUGACGAUGAUGGUGACUUUAUAAGUAAGGCGUAGAGUGAUGAUGUCGAUGAGGUUUAGUGAUGAUGAAAAUUUAUGAGUGAGGCAUAUAGAAGUGAUGUUGAUGAUGAUGAUGAUGAUGAUGAAGAGGUUUAGGUUAGUGUUAUAAUGAUGAUUAUGAAGAGGUUUAGGUUAGUGUUAUGAUGAUGAUGAUGAUGAUGAUGCUGAUGAUGAACCUCGUGCUGCUGAUUAUUGUUGUCACAGUUAUUAUUGUUAUUUAAACUUUGAUCAAAGUCUGAGUCCACCACCAGCCCCAAAAUCUAACUCUUUUCAUCUCUCUCUCUUUCUCUCUCUCUAUCUCUCUCUCCUUUCACCCCUCCAUUUGGUGGAGGGGUCAAAAGAAAGAGUGAAGCUGGUUCUUUACAGGCCACACACACACACAGUUCUCACCUCCCUGUUCUUACAUCCCUCUCUUUUGAGACGAGUGUGAGUAUGAGUGCGUGUGUGUAUGGUGGCGUAGCAUUCUGUUGGUUAUCUUCUCUUUGCUGCUGUCUGGUUUGUGCUUGGUCAUUUGCAGUGGUUGAAGUCUUUGCCUCUGUUCUCUAGUCUUUCCUGACUCAUCAUCGCCUCUGAUAGAUCUCCCCCCCAUAUUGAUGGAAUAAAAAUCAGUGUGUACAGCACAAUGUAAUCCACACACACACACACACACACACACACACACACAUACACACACACAGAGUGAGAGAGUCUGUUGUGCUGAAAGGUGUUGAUGCAUUAAAACGUGUGCGUGUAUUUUUUGCGGUGUUUGGUUAUCCGUUCAUUGGUAUGAUGUGUAGAAGACGUUGUGUGUCUGUGUGGGUUCGUGUGUGGAUGGGUGUAUUUGUGUGUGCAUGUUCGCUUGGGGACUGAGGCUGCACCCAGAAACUUUUGCUACCACUCCUGUCCUCCUUGCCACAGUUCAGUGUUGUCGAGGAGUGGACAAGCAGUAGUUGGGGGAAGAGGACAUCAAAAUUGAUGCCAAUUAUUGAUAAACUAAGCCUAUCACAACAUUCGCUUGAAAGCACACCCCUAAUACACUUGGAAGCCAAUCAGUUGCUACACACAGCCAGCCUAUUUGCGUUUGUGCGGGCCUUCUCCUCUGUGUUUUUUAUUUUGUUUUACAUCAAGUGCAAAAUAGACACACUAUCUGCCUAAAAUGUGUUGAGCUGGCACAAGUAAACAGAGUGUUCCCAUUAAUACAAACAAAACACAGAACAAAAAUCAUAGCUGGCUUCUGUCAUGUUAUCCAUCCUCACUGGGCCUUCUUGUGUUGAUGUCACUCUAAAAUCUGAGAAGAUACCCCUGAGUAGCAAAUACUCACAUAUCCUCCGCUCAAAGAGGCUUCGGCAGGUAUUUGGAGCAGCUUCUCUUUUCUUCUCCGGUAUUUAGACAGCCGGCAAGAUGGCAUCAUAAAAUCCGGGUCACAGAGGAGAUGAGCUGGAUUACAAGGAAGAAGAAGUAACUUUUAGGUUUUCUGGACGCAGCCCUAGUCUGCCUUCUUAAUAAUAAAGCAGUGGUUGCCAUGCAUGACCGGAGAGAGAGAGUGAGAUUGAGGGUGAGAGAGUUUGCGAGUGAGAGAGAGGGAGAUAGAUUCAGUGUGAACUACAGACUUUAACAUUCAUCAAACACACAACUCUCUCAGUAUGAGGGUGUUUGUGUGUGAGUGUGUGUGUGUGUGUGAGUGAGCGUUGUAACAGAUUUCUUGCAUGUCAGUUGUUGAGUGGCCCUGUAGUGUAUUUUUGGUUGCCGUGGAAAUAAUGUUGUUACAGUUGAUAUUCUAAUAUUCUAUUCCAUUUCAACAAAUGCACGGACACACCAACAGACUCUCUCUCUAUUUCUCUCUCUUUCUCUCUCUCUCUCUCUCUCUCUCUCUCUCUCUCUCUCUCUCUCUCUCUCUCUCUCUCUGAACAUCCCUUGCAAAAACGAAACAGAAAGUAAACUGGAUGAUUUGAGAUUAUAUGUUCUUGUAUAGAUGGAGCAACAGUAAUAAAAUGUAAGAACUUGAUUGAAAUCCCGAGUGAUCACCUCAA